AAUCCAAAAACGCGGACGGAAACCACGAAGAAGUCCGGUGCGCACUUACAACCUCAGCUACGGGUAGAACGGCGAAAUUAUCAGAUAUUAAUUGCGCCGCGGACGCGUAGGUGGGCAUCGUCCAAGCCGCCGCCAGCCGUCGCCAGCAUGCCGGCCGCACUCACGGACGCCAGCCAAAUCAUCUGCGAGGUUUGGGCCAGCAACGUUGACGAUGAGAUGAGGAAAAUCCGACACAUUAUCCAGAGCUACAACUACAUCGCCAUGGACACGGAGUUCCCAGGAGUGGUGGUGCGUCCAAUCGGCGAAUUCCGUAGCACGGUGGACUACCAGUACCAGCUGCUGCGCUGCAACGUGGACUUGCUCAAGAUCAUCCAGCUGGGCCUCACCUUCAUGAACCAGGAUGGGGAUUACCCUCACGGCACCACCACCUGGCAGUUCAACUUCAAAUUUAACCUCACAGAAGACAUGUAUUCUCAGGACUCGAUCGACCUUCUGCAGAACUCAGGACUUCAGUUCAAGAAGCACGAGGAGGAAGGCAUCGACACGCUCUACUUCGCCGAGCUGCUGAUGACGUCGGGCCUGGUUCUGUGCGACAACGUCAAGUGGCUCUCGUUCCACAGCGGGUACGACUUUGGUUACUUGGUGAAACUCCUGACGGAUGCUAGGCUGCCUGAAGAAGAACAUGACUUCUUCCAGAUCCUAAACCUCUUCUUUCCUGCCAUCUACGAUGUUAAGUACCUAAUGAAGAGCUGCAAGAACCUCAAGGGCGGCCUACAGGAAGUAGCGGACCAACUCGAGCUGAAACGGAUCGGUCGGCAGCAUCAGGCGGGUUCUGACUCGCUGCUCACCGGCAUGGCCUUCUUCAGGAUGAAAGAGCUCUUCUUCGAGGACAACAUCGACGACGCCAAGUAUUGCGGCCGCUUGUACGGUUUGGGCUCGGGUUCCACGCAACCCCAGAAUGGCAUCUCCAGCUCAGGCCCGGAGGAGAGCAACAACAAGCACUGACUCCCGGCUGGCCUCGCUUUCCUUGCACUUGUUUUAAAAACCUUUUAAACCCUCUUUUUUGUUUUUGGGUUCGCUUGUCAUUAGCGAGCGUGGGACCACAACACCAGCGCCCGUUUUUCUUACCAAGCUGCGCUCACUUGCUUUUAAAGUGAACGCCGGUCGGGCCCUCCACCACCCAUUGUAAAUUUCUAAUGUAUCAUUUUUGGGGGAAAGAAGAGAAAUAAAAAUGUUUUAGAAUUUUUCUCCAGAGACCGAGAGAACGUUUUAAAAGCAUGCGUCCGUUUUUUGUCCGGGCCAAAUACUGUCGACGUGAAGAUGUUACCAUUGUUUUUACGUUCUGACUUGUUUUAAACUGUUGUACAUUAAAUUGUUUUGUAUUUUCAA